CUUAUAUCUCAAUCUAGAACGCUGGCGGCAUUCAUCGUCCUUACGGUGGAGCACUGAGAGAAGCAUUGGCAGCCAAUUUCGCACUACACGCAGCUUCGACUUAAUGUUUUCCUAGAAGAUGAUCCAAGCUAUCAUCGCUCACUAGAGACUUGUCGCAGCUCGCCAUUAAGCGAAUCCAUGGAUGAUCCGGCUGUGUUCAAAUUGGCAGCUCAAUGGCUUUCAAAUUGCACCACCGAAUCAUUAGGCCACGAUAAUUGCAAUCGAUCAACAACACCAGGGUUUCGCCCGCGCCGACUUCUUGAUAUCCGUGGAGAAACAUUUUGUUUGUCUCUCGAUGCUCUUGGAACAACCCAGGAACCCUAUUGUGCUCUAUCGUACUGUUGGGGUGAGGGACCAACGCAACUUAUCCUGACUACAUCGAAUGAGGAAGAGUUUCGCAGAAAUAUUGCCUUUCCCUCGCUUUCCAAAACAAUUCAAGAUGCCAUUUAUGUUGCGAAAAGACUAAGAAUUAAUUAUAUCUGGGUUGACAGCCUUUGUAUCAUCCAAAAGGGCGACGGAGGGCAAGAUUGGAUUGAACACUCGAGCACAAUGAGCAAUAUAUACUCGAACUGCAUCCUCAAUUUAUCAGCU